AUGGGGUGCGUUUUGUCGAACCAAAAAUUACUGCAGAAUUCAAACCGGCAGUGUAAUUCUAUAGUGAGGGGAAAGCCGCGCGUCCAGACGGAUCCCGUGUCGGACGCUGUCAUUCAUGACUCAAAGGGCAAGGUGAUAAAUGAAUACGAUGCCCUUGCCUUUUUUUCUGCUGCUGCUGCAAACAGCAAUCUCGUAGCUCUCACGGACUAUCGUGGGGUGCAGGUGUACGUGACAAACCUGGUGCUUAGCAAGGUGAACUCUAUCUGCCGAUGGGUUGACUCGAUACUUGAGGUAAGGGAGCGUAAUGGCGGGUACUUUAUUGACCCGAAAAGUGAGGCGUCGUCCAUGAGUCGCUGGGAAAACCAGACGGAUGUUGAAGAAUGCUCGGCGACAAUGGUUCAAGAAGGCAACAGCUCCUUCCAGCACCGGCUUGAUGUAAGCACGUGUGGUCACGGAGCGUCUACCACUUUGCGGCAGACUGAAAAAUCACCAUUUUCACCAAAGCAAGCGGAAUACUCACCAGCGUCAUCAAGAAAUGUAGAAGGAACUCCGUCUGGAGAAAAACUGCAUUAUGCAGAGAAGCUCUGCAUACCGGAGGGGCCGAUGACGGUCGAAAAAAUUUCUCCUUUAAAUAAAUUGCAAAAUACACCUAAAAUUGAUGUUAAAUGA